AUGGACGCAGCGGCGGGCUCCAAGGCGGCCUCGCUGGCCUCGGCCAAGGUGGUCAAGAAUGCAAAGGGCAACAUUGUGCCGAGCAGUCAGAUGGCGCAUAUCGUGUACGGCUGUGAACACAUGGGCGAGAUGUUCGAGAAUGCGCGCAAGCAGACCCUCCAGCACUACCGAUCGAUCCUCCAGCUCAUUCACGAGAAACCGAGCGUAAUAGCGCAGACCUACGUCGACUCGAACAGCCAGCCCGUCGUGUCCCUCCGUCCGCUCUACCUGUGCCUGCAGUGUCCCAACAUCCUGACCGAGGAACAACGCGACCAGCACUUCGACACCAAGAGCCACUGCUUCUCGGUCGAGUCUCGAGACGGAAACGUAUACUGUGGGAAUUGCCAGGACUUCAUCUACGAUCCUGAGCUGGAGAUGCGAAGGCUACUGAAAGGGAAGAAGCGAAAAUACGACGACGCUCUGACAACCGACGACGACAAGCUCAUUGUUACCAACUCUACCUUCCUCCCCUGCCGAGCGACUGGCCUGCGCGGGCUCUACAAUAUGGGGCAGACGUGCUUCAUGAGCGUCAUAUUACAGACCAUCGUGCACAACCCCUUCAUACGGAACUUCUUUCUCUCCGAAGGGCACAAGACGACCGAUUGUGAGAGGGAGUCGUGCGUGAGCUGUGCGCUGGAUGAGAUGAUUGUCGAGUUCCACUCUGCUGAGAAAACGGAGGGAUACGGUGCCGUCAGCAUGCUUAUGGGCAGCUGGCUAGCAGGAGAGGCGCUCGCUGGCUACCAGCAGCAGGAUGCGCACGAGUACAUGCAAUUCUUCCUGAACACGCUACAUCUGACCAACGGUGGUACGGCGGACUCGGAAGAUUGCAAGUGUGUCGUGCAUCGAACGUUCUACGGAAAGCUCUCGAGUACCGUCACAUGCGACAAAUGCCACAACACCACGACCGCACUCGACCCAUACAUGGAUCUUAGUUUAGACAUACGGAACCAGGGCAAAAGGCGCAAGCUCAACGCCAAAGAUGGUGAAGAUUCGAGGCUAGAUCUCCGAGAUUGUCUCGAGCGCUUCACGGCUAGGGAGAAGCUGGAAUCCGCUCAGUACACGUGCAGAAACUGCGACAGCCCACAGAACGCCAUCAAGCAGCUGAGCAUCAAGCGACUGCCUCCGGUCCUGUCGAUACAUCUCAAGCGGUUCGAGCACUCCAAAGCGCAAUCCUCCAAAAUCGAAACCAAAGUCAACAUCCCCAUGAAGCUGGAUUUGUACCCGUACACGACGCUGCAAAAAGAGCACACCAAAGCCGCCAAAGCAUCCGGCUCGCCAAACACAAACUACAACGUGAACACGCCCGCAAACAGCCUCACGUACGAGCUGUCCUCGGUCAUAGUACACAAAGGCAAGAUCGACUCUGGGCACUACGUCAGCUAUUCGAGAGAAGGAAACGACUGGUUUGCGUUUGAUGACAGCAAGGUCGUGCUCGCGGAUGAAGCAGAGGUGCUGAAUGCCGAGGCGUAUAUCGUGACAUACAUGGUCAGUUCCCUGGACGUUUGA